AGUUGUAGAUUUUGUCUUGAAAACUUUUUCAAUACAAUCUUAUUCAUUUGGUGAUAAAAAAGCUGAAUUGAGCUUAAAAUACAAAAUCUGUUGCUUUUCAACGACAAAUCAAUAUUUAACAGUGUCUAAUAACAUUAUUCACCAUGAAAGGACAAAACACAUCAUGGAAAAGUUAUUCAUCAUGUGUCACCAUAAAUCAUUGUUUAUUAACAUUUUUGAUCGGUAUUUUAUCCAUCAAUUGUUCCCAUGGUUUUGUGCUUAGUUUCGGGGCUACUGAAGACUACCAAGAGCCAUCAGAAAAGUAUCCAAAGAUAUUUGAAGAUGCUGUUACAGAGUUUCUUCCUGAAGAUGUUACCAUUAAGCCGUCACAAGAGAAGCAUCCGUCAACUAUGAAUCCUCAUUCGACUUUUCACUUUCAGAGUUCAGAAGAAAGCCCACGAACAACUGUCCACGAUCAUACUGAGGAUGUUACCACUACCACGAUGUCACCACUACUACUAUACCACUAUGUGGAGCCAAUCCUUACCGUCACUCCUAAGGCACCAGAAGAUAAUUUCCCUAUAAGCACAGAUUACGUGCAUACCACAACUGCCCAAUAUCGUCAUGAAAACCGAUUUACUGAAGAUGUUACCACUAUGAAAACACAAGAAUCUAUCUGGAUAAGUGACAGUUCAACUGCUGGCACCCUCACUGAAGUUGAUACUUAUACGUAUGCAACCAAGGACACUCCUAAGACACCAAAAGAUAAUUUUCCGGGAAUAAAUGAUGGAGUCACCCCAACGAUCCAUGUCAGCGAUUCAUCUACUGGAAACAUUAUUGUUAUGCAAGCCCCAGAUUUGAUCAGGUUACCUGAAAGCAACCACGAACAUACUAUAAUUCUAUCAACUACUACCAGCACUACUGAAUCUACAGCUCAAUCUCAAACCUCUUACGACGUUUUGGUGCCAGCCUCAAGAGAAAUUGAUUCAAAGACAUUUGAACCUUCAGUAGAUAAUCCCUGGCCAACUGUGAAGUGUGAUGCCGAUGAGUUUAGCUGCCACUCGAGAAGGUUGUGUAUUAAAACGCAUUUGGUUUGUGAUGGAAUCAAUGAUUGUGAUGAUGGAUCAGAUGAGUUUGAAUGUGAAAGUGCAACUCAAACUAUUAGUCCAGAUUUAAUUUGCGUGAAUGAUGAAUGUCCCAGGUCAUACGAACGUAACCCAAAUCCACCUCAAUGUACUAAAUGGGAUUUUAACAAUAUAGCAUGCAAACAUCACAAAGGAAAUGUACCUUUGAUCGUCUUUUCCACAUUGAAUGCCUUAUAUGAGAAUAAUUUACCAGAAGAUCGAUCAAAAAUACAAGUAGACAAGGAAAUUCAAUUCGAUUUGAGUGGGAUAAGUGCUUUUGAUUACGAAAAUAUAAACGAUACGGUAAUUUAUUUAGAUAGGAGUGAAAAUAAGAUAUUUGCGGUACCAUUUAUUCCGAUCUUAGACGUAAUUGCAGUCCAAGAGCGUCGCGUGGCUAUUAAUGGGACACAUGGAUGGAUUCAUGGAUUCGCUUAUGAUUGGAUGAACAACGCUUUAAUUUGGAUUGAUGACUAUGGAAUCAGAUCAAAAAGAUUUUUGAGAAAUUUCUUAGGGAAUGACCAGCCUAAACUUUACCGUACUUUGGAUCCUUCUUAUGAUUGGCCUGGAGCCAUCACUAUCGAUGUCAAGAAACAAUGCAUCUUUUGGACAAAUAUUGGUGCCGAUCCAAACAGACCUUUUGAUUUUCCUGUGUACAUUGAGCGAAUCGAUAUAAGCGGUGAACCUAGAACCCAAAAAAUAGUUGAAACGAACAUCUUGCGUCCAGUUGGUUUAGCCAUUGAUGCUAAAAACACCAAAGUCUAUUGGAUUGAUGGUUUAUAUGGCACAUUGGAAUCGGUCGGAUAUGAUGGAACCAAUCGUAUCAUUUUGUAUGAGUCUUUGCCCUUCAUGGAUGAACUUAUAUCAAUGGACAUAUUUUCAAAUUAUUUGUACUUCACUGACAAGGCAAACAGUACAAUCCAACGUAUCAAUAUAAACAAUGCAGUCAAAAAAGUCGAUACAUUGGUAUCGGUACCUUAUGGCCCACCUACAUGGGUUAAAAUAUUUGAACCGAGUGAGCAAUUUUCCACCUUUUAUCUCGGCCGUUUGCCCAAUCUAAAACCAUGGAAGGAGCUAGAUCUAGAAAGCCCUACAGAAAUUGCCUCUAUUUAAUUUCCUUUCUCUUCCCUGUUCAAAGGAAUUUGAUUCAUGUAUGAAAGAGACUAAUUAAAAAUAAAAUUUCUUGUUCAAACGAAUU